UCUAGAGUUUUAUACUUUAUGUGACGUUUGCGUUUAAAAGGGUAUUAGAUUACUUUAAUACUUUGCUUAUUCGUUUACCGAUACAUUAUUAACAUUCCUACGAACUAGUUCUAUAAAAAAGGACCAGCUUUCAUGUUUGUAUGUCAGUUGACUGUUAUCGUAUAUACCUACAGACUGUACUCAGUUUACUUAUCAAUAAUUCACUCAUCAAAUUGGUAGUGUUAAAAAUGAAUCAAACUAACAGGUUAGAGCAAAAUGGACAGCAUAAAAAUAAGAAAUGCAAAAGUAGUCACGUGCAAAAUUAUUCUGAGUACUUAAAACUAGAUCAACUUCUUUCGUCACAAGUUAUGUUAAGCCCACAGCUCCAAGGUAUUGUCUCGUUUGAUGAACAUCUUUUUAUCAUUACUCACCAAGCAUUUGAGCUUUGGUUCAAACAAAUUUUAUUCGAGAUUGACAUAAUACGAAAAUCAUUUGAAAUAGAUAUUUGGAAAAACGAACCAGAAAUGUUAAAUGUGAUCAAACGCCUUGGUAGAAUAACAAAGAUAUUUAAGUUAUUAUUGCACCAGUUUGAAAUAUUAGAAACCAUGCAUCAUUGUGAUUUUGCUGAAUUUCGAGGUGUGUUAACACCUGCAUCUGGUUUUCAAAGCCUUCAAUUUCGUAUGUUGGAAAAUAAACUUGGACUAAAAAAGGAAAAACGUGUGUAUUGUUGUCAAUCAUAUUCGGAUUGUUUUAAAGACAAUAAAAACGAGGAAUUCGAACGAACUCAAUCUGAACCAACUUUGUUCCUACUAGUUCAUAAAUGGCUAGAGUCUACACCUCAGCUUCUUAAUGAAGUGACAUGGAAUCACUAUAAAUUAGCUGCCAACGAGUGGUUGCAAGAGUCUGAGAUUAAUGGAACAUGUGUAGAAAAAAGUCGCAAAAUAUUAAACUCUGUAUUUGACUGUAAUGAACAUGAAAAUUUAGUUAAACAAGGUCACCGAAUGUUAUCACACAAAGCAUUAAAAAGUGUUAUAUUAAUUUAUGCAUACAGAAAUGAGAAGGGUUACGGAUUAGCCAAUCAAAUAUUAGAGUCCCUGGUUGAUUUGGAUACGAUUUUAUGCAAAUGGAGGCACCAUCAUUUAGUCAUGGUUCAUAGGAUGAUUGGAUCACAUAAUUCUGGCACUGGUGGUACUAGUGGAACUGAAUAUCUUAAAUUAACGUUAAGUGAUUCGUACAAGAUGUUCAUUGAUCUUAUAAAUUUACCAGCUAUGCUGAUACCACCAACAUAUGUACCGCCAUUGAAAAAUCAAUAACAAUAUUUCAUCGUAUAUUUUAAUUAAAAAUAAUUAUUAAAGUAAUUGUAUUACAUAAUAUACAAAUGUAUGUAUAAAACAUUUAUUCAGUGGCUGAUUCAUUGUAAUUUCUUAGGUAGAGUAUUAAUAAUAAUAAUAAUAAAAAAUAUUCAG